AUGGCCCGGUUUAGCCCACCCCCGCUACGAGCACCUACAGCCUGCGUCGCUUGCAAUAAGAAGAAAGUAUGGACCAGUGACCCUUCGACAAGAAUCCCCCAGCUUAUUGGACUAGGUUCGUUGCAUAUUCGAAGACAACACAAAUACAUGCUCAAACUGCCAACGUCAUCAAUGGCCUUGCUUUAUUCCAGUCAGCGUGAGCGCAAGAGGAAACACCAGCGCAGCCCCGAUGGCAAGCCACAUGUUACUACAAGAGAAAACAGAAUUCGCAGGCGUCGCUUGAGCCUGACCGAAAAUCGAAAUGGAGACUUCUCAGUCACAGGGCCGACCGAUAGACCCCUGGGAGAAAUCUCGGAGAAUGAUGCGACUCAUAUUGACUUGCUUCAUGAACAAACGCCAAACACUUACGUGGAAAGUGGAAGCACCUCUUCAGCCAACGCAGAACAGACAAUAAUAUCCGAUGAAACUGCAUCGGCGAAUCCAUAUCUAUCGGCGCCAAUUCAGAGUUUCAUGGCAAGAUCCCGCUAUUUCGAUGAUACUUUGAUUAUCAAUGAGGAUCAAGCGAGAUCAUAUCCAAUCGGAGAUGCGGAUGGACCGACAGAGGAUGAUCAUCAACUGUUACGACUACAAGGAGCCUUUGAACUACCACCCAGAGCGGUGCGUGAUGGGCUCAUCAAUACUUUCAUGGAGCGGUGCUCGCCUUGGAUGCCCAUUGUGGAGCGCAGCUGGCUGGAGGAAAGUGGCUCCCAGAAACCGUCGAUGCUCCUCUUGCAAGCCAUAUUUGUUGCUGCGAGUAGAGUUACUUCUGCACCCGCGGUGACUGCAUAUGCGUCAACUCAUCAAUUUUAUCGGCGUGCGAAAGCCUUGUUCUGGUCUGGAUACGAGAAAAACCCAUUGACCGUGGUCGCGGCUGUGUGUAUUCUGCAUUGGUACAACCCGGAAGGCCCCGAGCAUGUUUCGACAAACACGAGUGGCUUUUGGCGAUACGUUGGAGUAGGACUGGCUCACCAAGUUGGCCUUCAAAAAGAACCCACGAAUCGACAAGAUGCUGCGUUGAGACGUCGCCUUUGGUGGACAUUAUUUGCCAGGGAUUGUUUAAUAUCAGCAGGACAAGGCCGGCCACUUGCGGUAUGUAUCGAAGAUUGUGAGCUGGCAUCUCCUUACCUGGGUGACUUCCAUGAUUCGAGUUCAAAUGGCCAUCUUUUUAUUGCCUAUGUUGAAAUAAGCUCCAUACUGGGGCAUCUCACACAGCAUUGCCGUCGGAAAACCCUCACACGACAAAUACGACAAAAUAUUGAGAAUCAACUAUAUCGCUGGACACGUGAACUUCCGGAAUCUUUGAGACUCUUUCAAACGCCUACGAGGCAGCAAGAGCUUGGAGAACAACCCCAGAACAUACUGAGUUCGUACAGCUUUGAGGCCCGUCAGUUACAUAUCGCCUAUUUUAUCUGUCUCGCAAUUUUGUGUCGUCCCAACCAGGGGAGCUCUCCCUCUCCGGCGGUGGUGCUGGCUUCGUCAUUCGUAGCGGGUAUGUUCGAAGACUUCUUAGCACGAGACGAGAUACAAUUCUUGGGGCCCAUAUUUACAUUUCACUUGCUUGCUGCUGGAAUUGGCUUGCUCUCAAGUCGCAAAAUCCCGCCACUAUGGGAAAAAGCAGUCUACAGCUUGCAGACCAUUUAUCUUUCGCUGGAGGUUCUCGCUCAGCGUUGGUCAUCUGCCAAAGGUAGCCUGAGAGCACUGAAGAGUAUCGCCAGUGAACAAGAAAAAACGACGAGACCUGGUGAUCAAGCUCAAAUAGUAGUGCUUCCAAGAGAACAUCACCCUUUCUUCCAGGACUUUGGUCCGGAAAUAUCAUGGGCGUGGUCGUACUUUAUGCAUUCAACAGCCCGCUCGAUCGCUCGGAGCGAAGACACCGCGUGCCCAGCAGGUGACUCUCAGAGUAUUCCACUCGACAACUUAAACGAGACCCAUUCCCCAAACAGAGUGUCUUCAACGGAGGAAUAUCGGCCGCUUACGACGGUAUUAGAUCCUCACACUGGGCUUGUCAUGGGGGGGCAUGCCGCAGAGCAUCGGUAA